AUGACCGCGACUCUGCUAACAAGGCCGAGGAGCCUAACCACUGCAUCCAAAAUGGCGGGCGCCAUGUGCGCGGACGGCACAGAGAAUACCUCCCUUCUAGCGUCUAUUAAUAGCAAGACAGCUCCUGAUGACCGAUCCCGCCACAUGGGGAAGCGACAAAACCCGUGGCAAUCCUCACAACCACUCAAGCCACCAUCACGAGACACAGGCGGCUCGAAGAGGCGAGAGACAGCAGCGGCACCGACAGGACAGAACGUCAAACAGCGACUAUUCCCGCCCGGGGUGACCGCACCUUCUAUCCAGCAAGACACCUUCAUUAGCGGACCGACCCAGUGCUCACCUACCAUGCAGCCUGCAACAGAACAGCCCGGAAAACGGCAAAUACCUGCAAAUAACACCCAGCCAUUACAACAUGGCGAACACCAACCAAUGGAUGACUGUAAGCGGCAAGCCCACCACAGCAAGGCUGCUACUCGGAUGAACAAACGGACAAAACAUAUCCUGAUGCCUGCUCUGAAGGACCCUUACUCUCGACUACACAGACAACAGAGCAGGCAUCGGACAAAAAUGGGACUGUCCCUAAGUGAGGGGCCUUGGGCCCACAAGGAUGCCGACCCCAUCCCACGGAGGCGACUCUGGGAAUCCCUAACCACCAGGGUGAAUGCUUGA